GAGGCGACCGUAUCCAGGAAGUGACGUCACCCACCGCCUCCGCGCCUCCCGGUAAUGGAGGAAGAGGAGGCCGCGGAGGGGAAGAUGAAGCAGUUCCACGGCGUCGUGGCGGUCGGGGUCGGCGGCGGCGGCGUCAGCGGGGCAGGGCUGGAUCCCGAGCGCUGCCGCUUCCCUUACUGCGUCGUGUGGACGCCGAUCCCCGUGCUCACGUGGCUUUUCCCCAUCAUUGGUCAUAUGGGAAUUUGUACCUCAGCUGGAGUCAUCCGGGACUUUGCAGGGCCAUACUAUGUCUCUGAAGACAACAUGGCUUUUGGGAAGCCUGUGAAAUACUGGAAGCUGGAUCCCAGCAAAGUAUAUUCCUGUGGCCCUAACGCAUGGGAUACAGCAGUGCAUGAUGCCUCUGAGGAGUACAAGCACCGCAUGCACAACCUCUGCUGUGACAACUGCCACUCACAUGUCGCCCUGGCCUUAAACCUCAUGCGAUACGACAACAGCACUUCUUGGAACAUGGUCAAACUUUGCUUCCUUUCCUUGAUAUAUGGAAAGUAUGUAAGCAUAGGGGGCUUUGUGAAGACCUGGCUUCCCUUCAUCCUCUUUUUGGGGAUUAUCCUGAUAGUCACCUUGACUCUUCACAUGCGGUGAUGGAUGACACCACCCUCCCCCUUCCCCUUUUGAAGCCAAGUGUUGAAAAUGGUGGCGUUUCAACCCAGGAAGACAUGGAGCAGUUUGGCCUGGGAGCUCCCGGAAAAGAAGUCCAUUUGUCCUCUGUAAUAACCAUUCUUCCUUGCCCUGUUGGGCUUUUUAUCCCUUUCUUUCAUCAUUCUUGCCUUUGAAUGUCUAAGGAUUGGGGCUGGGCUGGGAGGCUCCUGCAUCUUGCUUUUGCCAAAACUCCUUCUUGAUGGAAGAUUCCCAUGUGGAAAAAACACUAUGUGGGCUUGAGUUUGCUAGACAUGUAGCAAGGACUUUGUUCCUCCUUUCCCUUGUGGGAUAUACCGGGGCUGGUUGUGAGGUUCCCCAAUCUCUCAGGGAGAGAUUCUUGAUAGCAGUUAAUUAAAAAUGACUUUUCUGUGGUCACUCUGCAUCGUGGGUGGGUGCAGUUUGGAAGAGGGUAUUGCCUUUGCUUGCACUGAUUGGUUAACAGGAUUUUCAGAGUUCUUGAUUAUAGCACUUUUCCUACAGCUGGGUACGUCAGCCUUGGGGCCUCAAGAUGAAUGAAUGAGCUCCUUAUACUUACAGACUGGAACUACAGUGUCCAAGAUGGAAUAAACUUCAGUUCUGCUUUUACCGAUAGUACUUUCAGUGUAGUAGGGGACUCAUGGUGUUGCAUUCUCUUCUUUGUUGGAUAGAAAGUUAGUUUGCUUUGUUGGCCGUGGGAGCCAUUGUUCUGAAAGAAAUUACCACCAACUCAAACGGUCACUGGGAUUGCCAGUGCUGAACCCUGAGCUGGUUGAAAAUUCUGUCAAGACGUUCUAGUCCCAUUCAUAGGAACUACAGUUUCCAAAAUUCUGUGUGUGUGUAUUUGUGUGUGUGUGUGUGUGUGUGUGUGAGAGAGAGAGAGAGAGAGAGAGGCUGAGAGAGACCAAGCUUGUAGUUAAACUGUUUGGUUUUUUAAAAAAUACAACUAUGUGCUGCAGUGUGCCUUGAAAGCCUCUAGAAGCGUAAACCACAUCAGGAAAAUGCCUGAUUUCUAGUAGCAAGAAAACUAAAGCUAAAACCCUUAUUAAUAUGAAGUCUUUUCUUAGAAGAACAGAAUGAUUGGCCAAGAUCUUUUAAACACUGGGGAGCAAAAAAGCCUUGCGCAGGAUCCCCCAGUUACAGCCACUGCACAAGCACUGAUUGUGAAGAACACAGCAUGACUUCUGCUUAUGUAAUGGGUGUUGGAUGACCCCCGUAUGACUAGCAAGAUGUUAAACUGCUUGUCCUACACUCCUUUUCAUCAGUGGUUUUGACACAAGAAAGUCUUGGCCAUUGAUUCUGGAUCCAUAUUUUCCCACAUUCCUUCCAGCUAACUCAGAAGAAGUUGGGGUGUAUUGUUUUUCUACUAAUCCUGCUCUAUUUUUGACCUAUGGCUUUAUCUGUCGUGAUGAAAGGGGUCAUCCCUCUUGCCAGUUUUGUUAAUUGGAUGAGACAUCAAAGGCCAUGUUUAGGAUCUCUUCUCAUUUGCACUACUUCUCAUCCUCCAACGAAUGCUCAACCUUUUCCAGUCCUCUUUAGCACAACUCUUGAACACUGAGUGGCUCGUGCUGCAUUAAGGAGAGGCAGUGCCUGUACUCCUAUUAACAGAGCAGGCAUUCAGAAUGUGAGGUAGCAGAAGGUAUUUUUGCCAACUCAAUUGGUUAAGGAGGAACAAGGGCAGUUGUAGCAAGUGACCAGUUGGCUCUAGGCCAAUUAGAAGUCAAACGUCUUGCAUCAAAAUGAAUGCACGCAGUGUGCCAUCAAGCUGUCCCUGUGCUGCAUCUCUUACAGGGAUGUUAGUUUUUAAAGAAAUAACACAGAGAGUCCACUAACUGAGAAGUUUGUCCUCCUCCCAAUAACUUGCCAAAAAUAGCUCCAGGAAGUGCAGGCAGCUCCUAGACCUGAUGCUCAAGGCCAGUGUCCUUUCUGCAAGCUCUUUUCUAGCAAUAGUUUUGACUUCUAAGUCAAUGGAGAAGGGUUUUUGUGACAUAAUAGUGCAAUCAUUGCCAAAUUAAGGCUCACAGUAGUUGCAGGAUGAACAAAUACGUCUUCCCACCACCAUCAGUGUUUGUCUCUGAGAAUACACGUUUGGAAUUGUGUAGCCAGUAUCCCCUUCAAUAUUUACAUAUACAAAAUUCCAACUGCACUAGCUGUUGUGAUGAUCUCAUAAGGUGUUGACAAUGUGCAUGGUGGCUCCAUAGUUGGAGUUACAGGGUUAUAGCUACAUUCCCAUAGAACAGGAUACUGUCCAGUGUUCUUAAAGAGAUUGCUUUUCGAUGAAAAGGCAAAUCCAGACAUGAAUAUGAAGAAAUUACUAUAAUGUGCCCAACAGGUAAUGUGCUGUUCACCAAUAAAGGCCAAUGCUGCUGUUGCAGGGAGUCAUAGGUGCCUUGCUUUCAUUGGGAUUUGAAACAGAAACCAAAGGCUUUCAAAGUUGUCACUAAGUCUUCAGAAUGGCAGCUGUCUUCUCCUCCAACCCUAGCCUUCCAUGGCAAAUUCCUAAGUGGCUGUUGUAUGUUUGAUGCCACUCCUUCAGACCAGGCAGUUGUGAAUCUUUUUCACUUUGUAGCCAGCUUGCAGUUCUUUCUGUGAUGACUCUUGGUGUUCAAGGUGGGACAUCGUGUGGGAAACGCUGUUGAAACUAAAUUGGCAGAGCCAUAUGAACAUAUGGGUUGAAUGGGGUGCAUAGAUGAGGAAGCACAUGUUUGAGGUCUUUACCAGAAUGUGUCUACGUUAUGGGUGCGCUAUUCCUUUUUUGGGAGGGGGCUCCAACUCCCAGAAUCCUCCAAAAUUAUACCAGGCAGAAUUCUGGGAAUUCUAGCCAACAGAGACACAUCUACAGACACCUGCAUUUCACUUCUUGGGAACAGAGUCUCACUUCCAGACUGUCUCAGGCCUUCUGAGAAGUGCUUGUUCCAGAUUGUUUCUAUAUCUACAAGUUGUAACCAAGACAUCAAUCAGCUGCCAGGAUAUUAUAAUUUAGUGACCUUGCUCAGCUGUAACUAGCUAAUUGUUUUGGUAUCUUAAAAAUGUUUUGCGGUGAUUAUAGUAAACUAUUUUCAAGCCUCAAAUUUAAAGACACUUUCAUUUUCUGAGCAACUUUUUCUGCACCCAUGUAAUGGCAUUUUAACGGCUUCUUCAUACAAAAUCAUAUACCAUGACAUGGUGAGUAAGAUGUAGGUGUGUUUCUGUACUGAAAACACCCAGAAUUCUGCCUUGGUUUUUCUUGGAGAAUUUUGGAAGUUGAAGUAAAAAAAACACCCAACCACCACCACCACCAAAAAACGACGGAUGGCACACUCCUAUUCUAAAUAUAUCCAGUCCCAUGUUGCUGUGAAACAAAUUGGCAUUUCCCAACAGCCCCCUAAUAACAGCUCAUUUUCAAACUAGUUUUGCCUCAGAAUGCCACAUUUUUAUGCUGUCUUUUCAGCCUUUAAAUUCCUGAAUUUGAGCAUUCCUCUGUAAGGAUUUUGGAACCCUGUGUGAUCAGAUCACAGGGUGCAAUACAAUGGGCUCCUUGUUGUACAUGCUUGUGCUUACAUAUAGCCAAAAUCUGCAGAUUCUUGGAAAAAACAAGCUGUGUAUAAACACAGUGCAGACAUGACAUGCUGUGUCAUAAUGUACUACUGUCUGCAUGGAUUUUGCGUUCAUGUAGGCAUGGGAAUGUCUUUAAGGUAGACACUUGAGGUAUAAAGUACGCAGAGAUUUAAUUGUUCAUUUGUGCCACUGUAGUAUUUGGGUUCUUUUAUUCUGAUUUUCAGGCAUUUUCUCCAUUUUAAUUUUGUUCAGACCUCUUGAUUUCUGCUGUGGAACUUCAUUGAUCUCCCACUUGCGGUUACUCUUCUCCCCCUCCCUGUAUUUAUGAUUAGCCAGAUGGCCCUCUGUCCUUCCAAGCUAGUUCUCCAGGGAUGCUGGAUUCUUUUGUACAUACUGAAUUCUGCUGCUGUGAUUUCAUAAUCCUGAUGAUGGUGAAAAAUAAAUGCAUUUCUGUGAAUGUCUCCAA